GAUGACAAAUUACUUGUCUUCCUCUCUCUCCUGUCAGAUGCAAAUAAAUAAACGAUUAACAGGAAACCCCCUACGCCCACAGAGAGAGAUAAAGGAGAGAGGUCAAGAAAUGGACCACACAACGACGGGAAAGAAGGUGGGCAGCGACGGAUCCGGCUCCGACACCAGCAGCGGCGGUCAUAGCCGUCGUAAGAGUGUUGGUGGUGGUGGAGCAGCCAACGUUGGAAGUGUUGGUGGUGAUAAGGAGCCGAAAUUGUUUGAGUACUUUGGGUGGGUUUAUCAUCUGGGCGUCAAUUCAAUUGGGCAUGAAUAUUGCCACCUCCGGUUUCUCUUCAUCCGCGGCAAAUAUGUUCAGAUGUAUAAACGUGAUCCUCAUGAAAAUCCUGGCAUUAAGCCUAUUAGGAGGGGAGCAGUAGGGCCUUCACUCAUGGUGGAGGAGCUAGGGCGUCGGAGGGUCAAUCAUGUGGAUGUUUAUGUUAUACGGCUUUACAAUCGAUUAGAUGAGUCACAAAAGGGAGAGAUUGCUUGUGCCGCAGCUGGAGAAGCUCAGAAAUGGAUGGAGGCAUUUGAUCAUGCGAAGCAACAGGUUGAAUUGGAGCUUUCAAGGGGAGGCAGCAACAGAAACAAAUUGAACAUGGAGGAAGAGAUCAAUUUGGAUGGGCAUCGACCUAGAGUGAGGAGAUAUGCUCAUGGAUUGAGAAAUCUCAUAAGAAUCGGGCAUGGUCCAGAGACACUUUUGCGGCAAUCCGCAGAAUUGAGUAGUAGGGCAAAUAGGUACUUUGAAGGGGAUAGUGGAGAUGCAAUUGAAGCACAUGAAUGGAAAUGUGUUCGUACAGUAAAUGGUGUUAGAAUCUUUGAGGAUAUUUCUGACACUAAGAGUGGUAAAGGUGUUAUUGUGAAAGCCGUUGGUGUUAUUGAUGCAGAUGCAGAUACUGUUUUUGAGGUGGUCCUAAACCUUGACCGGCGCCAAAGAUACGAGUGGGAUAUGUUGACAGGUGACUUGGAGCUGAUAGAUUCUUAUGAUGGACACUAUGAUGUUGUGUAUGGCACAUUUGACCCAAAGCACCUCACUCGUCUGGACACUUGUGAGAUAUCCUGCCCAAUUUAUUGGCUCCUGAGUUGGCAGUCCAAGAGAGAUUUUGUCUUCUCUAGGCAAUGGUUUCGUUGUCAAGAUGGAACAUACACAAUUUUGCAAUUUCCUGCCACACACAAGAAGAAACCUCCAAGAUCUGGAUACGAACGUACAAAAAUUAAUCCAUCAACUUGGGAGAUUAGAAGUUUAAAUACACCAAUGGGUUCAAGUGGUGCAAAGUGUCUUGUGACACAAAUGUUAGAGAUACAGUCAAAUGGCUGGUGUAAAUGGAAGACAAAUACCAGCACAAAGUUUGAAAAGACUACCCAUUUUGCAUUAUUAAGCCAAGUGGCAGGUCUAAAGGAAUAUAUUGGAGCAAAUCCAAAUCUCAAAACUGGAUCUUCGAGUAUGGUUGUUCAGUCAAAGUUUUCAGAUGCCUCAUCUUCCAUUGGUGAUUAUGAGGAUGAAGAAGAUGUGCAGGACCAGUUUUAUGAUGCAAUUGCUGCUGACUCAGCAUCCUCGGAAGAUGAAGAGAGUGAUGAUGACAAUGAAGUUGAUAAUAAGGAAAUGAAAGUGAAGCUAAAGAAUGUCUCCUGGGCCAUCACAGGCAUCUGUUUGAAGCGAACUUCAGUUCCAGAUGCAAAUAAGGAAUUAGAUUGUAGAAUACCUCCUGUUGUCAUUGAUCCAAGCCAGUUCCAUGGUUCCCUGCAAAAAGCAAAGGAUGGGACUGACUCUAAUUGUUGGGCUUCUCCUACUGGCAAGGGUUUUAUGAUCCGAGGAAAGACUUACCUAAAAGACAAUUCCAAGGUAAUGGGUGGAGACCCCUUGCUCAAUCUCAUUGCAGUUGAUUGGUUCAAAGUUGAAAAAACUGCAGAUAGGGUUGCAUUGCAUCCGAAGUGUCUAGUUCAGUCUGAAGCAGGGAAAAAGCUUCCAUUUAUCUUAGUCAUUAAUCUCCAGGUUCCAGCAAAACCAAAUUAUAGUUUGGUGCUCUACUAUGCAUCAGAAAGGCCAGUAAAUAAAAAUUCAUUGUUAGGUCAGUUUGUGGAUGGGACUGACAUGUUUCGAGAAGCAAGGUUUAAACUAAUUCCUAGCAUUGUUGAGGGGUAUUGGAUGGUCAAACGUGCUGUUGGAACAAAAGCUUGUCUGUUGGGAAAGGCUGUAACGUGCAAAUACCUCCGACAAGACAAUUUUCUAGAGAUUGAUGUUGAUAUUGGAUCAUCAUCUGUAGCAAGAAGUGUCAUUGGCCUUGUCCUUGGAUAUGUAACAAGCUUGGUCGUCGAUCUUGCAAUUCUAAUAGAGGCAAAGGAAGAGUCAGAAUUACCUGAGUAUAUUCUUGGGACAGUUCAGUUGAAUCGCUUGAAGCCCGAUUCUGCAGUGCCCUUGGAGGAUGCUUAAGCUCUCACUCAAGGUAUCGGCAACUCCAGUCCCCACCCAGUCAGCUCAAUGCGCAUUUCCACGACAAUGAUAAAACAAUGCUUGCCUUGCCAUGCAUUUGUUAUAGAGGUAUACAUGCAAGUUGCAAAAUCUUUGAUCUCUAAAGCAAACAAACAAUUUCGUAGCUUGAAAUGAAAGUGGUGGCCCUUUGAUCUUCAAUAGCUUACCUACUCCACCCGCUUUGUCUAACCUUCACUAUUUGUUUAUACAUAUGCUUUAUGGAUGAUUGAUUUUCUUGUUUGUAAAAUGUUUGAUUGAUUUUUGUU